AUGGCCCCAGUGCGCGUGGCGGUCCGAGUCCGACCAUUGACCAAAAGAGAAAAACGGUUGUCUUCGAAAGUGAUAGUACAGCUGAAGGGAAACACCGCCACCAUCGUCAAGCUCUCACCCAGUGUUAUCCGUGGGAAUGGACAGAUGGAUAGAGGGAAAUCCUUUUCUUAUGACUUCUCCUAUGAUUCCACUGACAGAAAAAGCCCCUCUUUUGCAGCCCAGGAGAAGAUUUUUCAAGACUUGGGAACUGAUGUUCUGAAAGCUGCGUUUGAGGGUUUCAAUGCCUGCAUCUUUGCCUAUGGCCAGACAGGGACUGGAAAAUCCUACACAAUGAUGGGUGAUAUUGAGGAUAAAGGCUUAAUUCCACGGAUCUGUGAACAUUUGUUCUGUGAGAUAUCCAAGAGAAGCAAGAGCGAUGCGGUGUCCUUUCGCACAGAGGUCAGCUAUUUGCAGAUCUACAAUGAACGUGUGCAGGACCUUCUCAAGAGGAGGCCAACAGUCAGCGAAAAAAGAGGAUUGAGAGUGAGAGAACACCCCGUGAACGGACCUUAUGUAGAGAACCUGUCGCAGCAUCUUGUGUGCAGCUACAGCGAUGUGGAGGAGCUGAUGAUGACAGGGAAUGCCAACCGCACCACGGCCAGCACGGCCAUGAAUGACAUCAGUAGCCGCUCUCACGCCAUCUUCACCAUCCGCUUCACACAGGCGUUGUUUAAUGCAGAGCUGCCAUGUGAGACGCUGAGUAAGAUCCACUUGGUAGACCUGGCAGGCAGCGAGAGAGCUGACGCCACGCAUGCCACGGCUGUCCGGCUGAAAGAAGGUGCCAACAUCAACAAAUCUCUGGUCACCCUGGGCAGUGUGAUCUCGGCUCUGGCUGACCUGAGUGACGACGGGCAGAUGGCAAAAAGGAAAAAGCAGCUCUUCAUUCCUUACAGAGACUCCGUGCUGACAUGGCUCCUAAAAGACAGCCUGGGGGGGAACUCCAAGACUAUCAUGAUAGCAACUAUUUCUCCAGCUGACGUGAACUACGUGGAGACCCUGAGCACGUUGCGUUACGCCAGCCGAGCCAAGAGCAUUGUGAACUCACCCGUGGUGAAUGAAGAUGGCAGCGUAAGGGUGAUUCGAGAACUGCAGGCAGAGAUCGCCAAGCUCAGAGGGAUGGUGGAGCAAGCCAGCCAGGCUCACCAUCAGAACCAGUCGGCCAGUUUGAAGGUAGAGGAGAGGCUGGCUGAGAAUGAAGCGAAGGUUGAAGAGCUGAGUAAGGAGCGGACCAACAAGUGGUGGGAGACUGAGAAUAUUAUGAAGGAGGAGAAACUGGCUCUGAGGAAGAGGGGGCACGGCGUUGUCCUGGACUCUCAGCUUCCUCAUCUGAUUGGCAUAGAUGAAGACCUGCUGAGCACUGGCAUCAUCUUCUAUCAUUUAAAAGUGGGCAGAACACUGGUGGGCAGUGAUGAAGCAUCGAGGCAGCACAUUGUUCUCCAUGGUCUGGGGCUCCUGAGUGAACACUGUGUUCUUGAGAACUGUGGCGGGAUCGUUCGCCUGAUCCCUCAUCGUGGCGCACUGUGUUCAGUCAAUGGGAUGGAGGUAACUGAGCCCUGCAAGCUGACUCAGGGGGCAAUUAUUGAGCUGGGGCAAGGGACCAUGUUCUGCUUUAACCACCCCAAGGAGGCUGCCCAACUCAGGAAGACCCAUGAGGGAGGCCCGCCUUCUACCCUCAGCCCGUCCAAGGCCAACCUGACUACAUUCGCCAAGAACCUGGCCAAGGUGCUGCUGCUUAAUCCAGGGAUGGAUGAGUCUGCUGCUGCUGCUGUGGAUGCAGACUCUGGACUGCCAAGCAGCUCUGUGCUCUCCACCUCAUUACAGAUGUGCAUGACAACGGCCAUGCCUGGAAACUGUCCUGUCUCUCACUCUGGUUUGGAGCUGGAUGAAGACACACCACAGGGUGGAGUAAGCACCAGGGAUGGCCAAGAGCAGGAAAAGCACUUGUCUCAUAAAUCAGGGCAAGGCUUCAUGUCUGAGAGGCUGUGGAGAAGAGCUGACACGGAGACCGGUGUUGAAAUUUGUGGGGGAGGAGAGAUUUGGUCUGGGGAUGCCAGCCUCCAGCAGACAAGUGUCCUGGGCCUGGGUGAUGGAUGUUGCAUAGAGCCGGAGGGGAAUGCUAAUGAGAGCCAAGGUGUAGUGGCUGACUGCUAUAGGGGGUGUCCUGGCUCUGAUGGGAGCUCAUUAGGCAGCAUGUCCCACCUGCAGAGCACCAAAGGAACAAGCUCCAGGUCUUUCUUCCCACAAGCCAGCCCUCAUUCUCAGCUCUCCGAGAAGACAUACAGCAACCAGGCAGUCCAGUGUCCACCUGAUGAGGCUGCCUUGAAGGGCCAGUUCAGCCCUAAAAAGAUGGAUGAGUCCAGUAAUUCGGAGGGGAUCUCAAGAGAGUGUGAAGUGGGGGUCAGGGCAGUUGCAGAGCAAAAGUCGGGGCUUUUCUCUUUGGUCAGCAGAGUUUCUUGGAUGGUCCAAGAUGCAGGCCGCCUUCUGUGGAGCGCUCCUUGGGUAUUGCAGAAAGUCAGGAAGGCAGGGCUGGAGCCUAUAAGGGCCAUCUGGUCCAGUCAGGUGGUCUCUCAGAUUAAGGAAAAUCCAGUCUUGUCUAUAGUGAAAGACAGCCAUGUCUUUGCUCUAGUCAAAGAGAGCAACAUGCUCUCUAUGGUAAAAAAAUUGCUAAUGAUACAGCACAUUCGGAUGAAGUUCACUCAGGAUUCUCUGCCAAAAAAAGCAGAGGGGACAGUGCAGAGCCCCACAAACCCAAGCAAAACUUUAACCCUGACCCAAAUACAAAAGGGUACAGAAGAAAUCGAGUUACCCCAUGACUCACCCUGUACCCGAGAAGAGAAGUGGUCAAAUGAUAGCAGUAUAAGGGAAGUAGAGUUGCUAAAACAGCAUGGCAUGAUUGAUAUUUGUUCAAAGCAAAAACAGAGCAUGAGGAAGGAGUUUAUAUUAGAAGGGAAACAGAGCUGUGUGCCACGUGGUCCAUAUACAGCUGUGAACAAGGAUCUUCAAGCAACAGCAGUAAACGACUCAAAUCUAGAUCUGGAGUCACAGGAGAACUUGGUGACUGUUCGGAGAACUAACAGUGUUCAGAUUUUCUGUCAAACGUUAAUAGAGUUUCCAGAUGCCCUUAUGAAUCUCCAACCUUUGUCCCAGCACAGACUGGUGGAUUCUCUACAGUCUGUCAUCUCCACAUCACUGUUCAACUCCCAGAAAAUGGUGGCCCUUUUCUGGUUAAGUGUGGCUAAAUGCAGCCAACCUCAGCCCCAGCCUGCCCUCCUGAUUAUGACUGACUCUUUCCUCUAUACUUAGACCUCUGACCCCGGGUCCUUGGUGUUGUUUCACCAUCUGUCCUUGCUGCAGCUGAAGGAGGUGCAGGUGGGCUUUGCUGGCCAAAGCGUAUGUUUCAUGGGCACUACAGAGGAGAGCGUCCUGGUUCUCCACACCCGCAGCAAGAAGCUCACCCAAGAGCUUUGCAGCAUCAUGCUUGGUGUCAUCUGCCCCGGGGACAGCAGGGUUUCUCAGCACCCCCUUUUCCACGGAGACUUGAUGGAGAUGUCUCUAGACUGGCAGACCGAUAUACCUGAGUUGCUGCUAGAUUCCGGUUUGAGGGUCUACUGUCACUUCCAGAAGACUCUCGCCAAUCUUGUUUACCUUCUUCAUGGUAACAUGAAUCAACCAAGGCCCAGCAUAGGGGAAGUGCGAUUGCUAUUGUACACUAGUGUAAGGGUGAGCAAGAGUCCCGAAACCAGUGCUGAGCACCUAGCCCAACUUCUCCUUACUGAUACCCACCUAUGCCUGGUGCAGGAGCACACCGUGUUUCACCCUGCUCCUAAAUCAGUGCAACCAGAGCCCCACCGCAGCCAAUUCAAGGAUUUAACUCUGUGCUGUCGCUCAGAUAUACGGUGUGUUCUGGUGCAUAGUGGAGACAAGAGAGGAUCUACCAGACUGAAUCGGUGGAAAGGUAAAAACUUUGCAGCUGAGGUCAAGGUCAGCCCCUCUGCUACUCAAGUUACUAUCCGCCCAAUGCCCGGCGGGUUUAUCCUCGCCAGUCGACAUGAUCCUUCACAGGAAAAUGUCUCGGCAUAUGAGAACUGA